AAUACGAUAUCAUAUCUUAAUACCAUCUUAAGUGAUGUUUUCUACCGUUUUGCUUAUACAUUCAAUCUUGCAGUACUCGACAAGAAUCCCAUAACCCACGUUGGGCCGCGCCAUUGUGUAAUCUAAUUUUAUUUUAUUCGAAUUUAUUUUUAAUCUGAUAUCAUGGUUUGAAUUUCAUGUUUUUUAAAAUAACAAAUAGGAUAUAAAGAGUAACUUUAAGCCACAAUGCAUUACUUUGUGACGUCAGUCGCAUUGUUGGUGGUUUCGAUCGCGUCUGUCAACAGUUUAACAUGCAAUGAAGGCUUUAACGGCAAAAUAGGAGGAGUUCCGUUUUAUCACUGGACAGAUAGAAAGUGUUCCGGUAAAAGUGAUUGCUUCAUGCAAGAGCUGUCCUUGAAAUUGUUCGAGACAGAUAUCGGAGUGACAGCGAAAUACGGUGGCUGCAUUUCAUCUCGCUACGCCCCUCUGAUGACCUGUGAAAACCUAUUUGGUGCGGACAGCACAUUCGAUCCUGCAAGGUUGCUAAAUAUGAUGCCAGAAUUAGAGCAGAAAUUCAAAGACUUCUUAGAAGACAUGAGACUAAAUACGACCCAACAGUUUCAAAUCUUAUUCUCAAAUGGCAAUGGAAGUGAGGAGUUCAUAGAAGGCUUGGUUACUUUUACUGAACAUUUAGGGUUUAAAAUGGAAAAAGUGAAACCACUAAUUAGGCCAAUGGCAGAAUGUUGGAAUUGGCUAUUCGCUUCGCCUUCGCCUUCGCUGGAUUAUCAAGAUUUCAUAUCACGACGUAUAAAUCUCACGGACAAUUUGUUAGAAGCUCUUGGAAAUCUUGAGAGUAAAAAUACGGAUAUUGCAGAAUAUAUUUUAUCAUUUAUCGGUAAUUGGGCUGACGAGAAAUCUAUCAACGAAAUACGAGAUUCAAAGUAUUUACCUUUGCUUGAAAACCUUCCCGAGUUGGUCAAAAUGGCACUACCAAAUUCUUUUAAAGCUUCCAGCUGGUUUGAUUCCAUGUUUGAACUUCUCGGUGACAUCAGGAUUUCUGAACCAAAAACGUCUGCUUUUAACACGAUCAAAACUAUGAAAUCUAUGGUUGAAAUACCCAAAGAAUACAACAAAUACCUGGACCCAAUACUGAACACCGCUCCUGAACUUGUUCAACACAUGGCCGACGGAGACUACAUGUACGCGGGAACAUGGUCUGCAGAACUUGUCAAGUCGGAAAGCAAAACAAAUUCGGUCACAAAGAAACUUUCAACUUCAAUAUUCAAGUUCAUCUCAAGCAUAAGUCAAAAGCAAGUACCUGCUGAUAUAAAUGUCCUGAUCACUUGGCUACCGGGAGUCUUCUACAAUUUCUUCCCAGAGGAUAGUACCGGUAUUGACCGAGUUUACAACGCACUUUCUGACGGAUUCGAUGCUACUGAUGUUACAAAUCCAACGAAUACUCUCCCAACCACCAAGAUGAGCGAUUUUUUAGUAAAAUUCACCGAAAAAUUCAUUGAGUACCCACCAGGACAACAGGAGCAGUCUGAAGCAGCCAGACAGAUAAAGGACUUGCUCGUCAUCAAUUUCUCGAAGACAUUUUAUAACAUUAUGACGUCAAAAUACACGGAUAAACUCGAUAUCAUCUUUGAUACGUUGGCAGAAGGUUUGAAAAAUUAUCCCGACUUUGACACGGGAAAAAUCGUAGAAAAUUUGAUCACAAAUUUAGGAUGGACUGUUCCAACCGAACUCAAGCCCCUUCUGAACACCGCCCAAGGUCUAGUUAAGGCAAUGAUGAACGGCAGUUAUGAAGCAAUGAGGGAGGCAGCUGAAAAUGUCAUUCAAGAAUACGAAGAAGCAUAUCCUAAAUCAGAAUUUCCGGAUUUAGUACGAAGAUAUAUCGAUUACUAUCAUACUGUAUUUGUAGAAGCUGAGAAGAUAAGACAGGAAUCUAGGGAUUCAUAUGAUGAGUGCCCUUACACAGACCCAGACUGGCUCGAAUGUUUCAACAAAAUAGACGAUGAAAAUAGGAAAAGGGAUAAAGAAUUUGCGCUGAAACUUUAUAAAAUGUCGAAUGAUUUGUCAGUUGACACUUCUUUUGCUAUCUUUCGUUUAAUGGAUUACGACGAUGACGUCAUCACAUCGGUUGCGAUAAAGACUUUCCCUCAAUACGCAACUUACAUCAGACUGAUGCGAGUUCUUGAUUCUAGCGACAUCAAGGACCUGCUUAACGACUUUACUACGUGGUUUGUAGAAUCGACCUAUGGCCGUAACUAUACCUUGCUAACGUUAACGGAGUUCACUGCAGCGAUAAAUGCAACUGUUUUCAAAAUUACUUCGAAGCUGGGUGACGUCACGAAAGAAUUACGUAACAUGUUCGCACCUGACUCGUGCAAAUACGAACAUUGCUCUUUCGACGGUUGUAACGCAGAUGGAUUUCUCGCAAAAAUACCGACAUUCUCACCACCUCCAAGUGUUGCGACUCCAUCAGUGUUCCCCGACAAGAAAUUAGAUAAUACUGGCAAAGACAAAGUGCUGACCAUUACAGAUGAACCGCCAUCUACCACGUCUGGAUCUAAUAUAGUCAGCGGGAACAUAAUGCUGAGUAUGAUCUCAUUGUGGCUGAGUUACAGAGCGUUUAUGGAAUAAUGACUUGGAGACGUUUUGGAGCAAAUUUUGUUUCAUUACCCAGGACUUUUUUAUGAAAUAAGCAUUUUCCGUUCUUGACCCAACAGUUCUUUUCUAAACAAAACAAUUUAUGUAUUUUGUAGAACAGCAUCUAAUGUGUGACAAUUUCUUCUAUUGCCGAUAAAAUUAGUUUUUUAACGCAUACUAUGACACACAUAUAUAAUCGUUUUCAUAUUACUACACACCGACCAAAUGUCCCAAUGUUCACAAACAGCAAAAUAAAUAUAUAUCGUUUCAGUAAAUUCCAGCGCCUUGGUGGAAGGAGGCAACUUUGCUCAAAGAUCAGUCUCUUUUGCUUAUGAGCAAAAAACCUUGAUUUGAGCAAAAUCCCUCAACAAAACCCCAGAGAAAAGAUUGAGAUUAGGGUUUACAUGUAUGCGUACCAUGUCCUUUACUGAAACAACUUAUUGCUGAUAUAAAUGCAUUUUUAAUAGUUUCGACAAAUUAUUCACCGGGGAAGCACUUUAUUAACCAAGAAUAAAAAAAUUCAAAAUGAUUGCAAUUCAUCGAUCAACAUAGCUAAGUCAUAUAUAUUGAAUAUAACCUACCGAUGGGGACGGGCUACAACGGCAGCUAGACCAACAGAUUAUCUGUCUUAGGUGUUUUCUUACUAGUAAAUCCAUGUGUGUAUAAUGAAUGAUUCGAUACUAAGGCAGAAAACGAAGCGAAAAAAGGGAAUGUGCGCGCCAUUCCAAAAUAUUGAUAUCCGAAAUCAAAUAAUAUUUGCUUUCCUACUUUGGAAUCGAAAUAUUCUAUUGUCCAUCGUAAUAAUGAAAUUUCGCAUUUUUAUUUUAUCAUAUUUUCAAAACAUAACAGUGUUAUGGCAUGAGUCUUGUUAAACACGUGUUCGUCAAUGAAUGACCUUUUAAUUAAAGAAUAAUUUUUUAUCCCCAGUUUUGGAAAAUACAGGUUAUAGAAAUGACGUUAAUAAUUGGUAUUACGCCGUUACAUUCGAAAUAAGCAAUGGAUACUUACUUUAUUAUGUUGUCAAUACCUGACAAAGUAUCGAUAUUUUUUGAGUUUGUAUAUUCGUAUGUUCACCUUAUUUACCCAUAAAUUUCUUUUAUGAAAAAAAUUAAACAAUAAAUUACAUAAAACGAAA